AUCGGCUCCCAAUAGAAUGGGAAGGUCACUUGAGUAUUUUUUGAAUGUUCGCUUCGUCUCCUUUCAAGGACCUUCAUCCCAUCAGUCAGCUAGCACCUGUCAUUUUGAACUCUGAGAUCUAACUUUACUUCGCGAUGAGCGAUCUUCCCUUCUCAUUUCAAUUCAAAAUUGAUCCAAAGAUUAUUCCUGCGACAGACAUCAUAAGAGAUGGCAUAUUUCCUAGUGGUAGAGGAGGGUUCGGUGACGUCUGGAAAUGUUCAAUGACUACACAAUCUGGAACCCGACGUCUUGUCGCUGUCAAAUCUUUUAGGGUCCUUUCAACAACAGAUGAUGAAUUAAUAAAAACGAUAGCCAAUAGAAUUCGUCGCGAGGCCUACGUUUGGAUACAGUUGAAUCACGACCAUAUUCUCCCUCUCGAGGGUGUGACUAUCGCUGGAGAAUUCGGGCCACUUCCGGCACUAGUGUCUCCAUGGAUGGAACAAGGAUCGCUGCACAAUUACUUGAAGCGCGUGUUUUCCAGUCUGUCUGACCCUCAAAAACUGGAGCUUAUAUGGCAGGUGGCUGCUGGUCUUAGUUAUCUGCACGACAUGGGCAUCGUGCAUGGUAACUUGACAGCGACCAACGUUUUGGUUGACGGCUCUGGUUGCCUCCGUCUCGCAGACUUUGGUCUAUCGAUGAUCCUUGCUGAGGCGGGAGACGCCACAUUCAGCUCCCUUCAUUCAGGAGACCUACGUUGGAUGCCCCCCGAGGCUUUCCAAACCGAUGCUGAAGUCGACGACGAAGACGAAACUAAAGACGAGAAGCCAACCAAAGCUUGGGAUGUCUAUUCGUUUGGCUGUGUGGCGUUGCAGAUCUUCUCAGGAAAUCAACCCUACGCAUGGAUAAGAACGAAUCAUGUUCCUCUAGCAAUAAUUAGGGGACAUAUGCCUUUCAAGGACAUAAGCAGUCAUGAGGUGUAUCAACAGCUUUCACCGUGCUUGAAUAACAUAUCAGCCAAUCGCCCAACCAUCAACGAUAUUAUGGAUGUUCUGUCCGAUUUAGGACGCGAUAAUAGUGCUACUCGACAUCCUGUGCCGGAACUCAAGGUCGUCCACCAACAACCGCAAGCGGAUGUUGACGAUUUUCAGGGUCAUUUUGAUGUGCAGUCUCCUGUGCAACAACUCGAGAACGUCCUCCCAACAUCGCCAGCUGUUGGUGGUUCCCGAGGACAUUUUGAUGUACAACCUCCUGCGCAACAACUCGAGAACGUCCUCCCAAGACCUCCGGCUGUUGUUGAUGAUUCCCGAGGACAUUUCGAUGUACAGCCCCCUGCGCAACAACUCGAGAACGUCCUCCCAAGACCGCCGGCUGUUGUUGAUGACUCCCGAGGACAUUUCGAUGUACAGCCCCCUGCGCAACAACUUGGGAAUGAAACACCGCCAGCGGUUGUUGACGAUUCUCGAGACCAUUAUAUUGGUGUGCAUCAUGCACCCUCAGCGCCACCGUCUGCCUUGCACCACUUCUCAUCGUCCCCCCCCUCUCAGCCCGAUGUUGAUAUCGCACCAAACUUCUCACCACACCCAUGGCGAAGGUUCUUCUCUCGUCGCGCUCCUAGUGCUCGUACUGUCGGUCAGACUGCAUCGGUCUGUUUUAUCCUACUUUUUCCUUUCUGUACUCAUUUGUACCAAAGUUUGUAUUUGUGGCUCAACGCCCGAACUCUCCGCCUACGCCGCCAGGAAAGUCACCAGCCCAUGCCGUGACGCCGUCGUUACCGUCAUUACCUCCGCAGGCAAAUGCUACCACUACAACAUGUCUGCCAUCGUUACCUCCACAUUCAGUCCCUCUUUCCACCACCACUCCUGCAGCUGCACCAAUUACAGAACAGGCUGGAUGCUGCACUCGCUUUUGGCGUUGUAUCUGGCGUUGUAUCUGCUGUAGUAUCUGCUGCAGGUCUGAUGGAUCUUCUGAUGGUCGUCCCUAAGGCUGUUCACACUUGUUGAUUCACGUUGCUCUGUGUAAUAUCACACUAGUUUGACGGAAGAGCCGAUUAGUCUAAUAACGACGGAACGGAACA